UAGGCAAGAGCACGCAGAGACGCUCUCCCGCAGUCUGGGGGCGGACCCUUUGCCUGGCACUGGAGGUGAACAGGAGACAGCCUCAGGUGCGAGGGGUGUGCCGGAGUCGCCCACCCGGGAGCAAUCCGCCAGAGGACUUGAGGAAGCCCCUAGCGUGGGUACGCAAGAAAGUUCCCUGCUGCGCCUAAACACGCGCAUCCCGCCAGGUGAAGGCGCAUCUGCUCCGCCAGGUGACUGUCCUGCCGAGUGCACAGAAAAUAGGAGUAGCUCGGGGCAGGCCAGCGGCACAGCAGCGCGUGGCGAUCGCGCCCACCCCGCCAAAGUGUUGACUUUGGAUAUCUAUUUGAGUAAGACUGAGGUGUCGGAGGUGGAAGAACCUGUGGUGAUUACUCCCGGGGCCGAAGAUUGCGGCGAUUCUGACGACAUGGAGAGGAGAUCGAGCGGUCGCAGAUCGGGCAGGCGGAGGAAAUCUCAGAAAUCCACCGACUCUCCUGGCGCAGACGCCACUCUGCCCGAGAGCGCGGCGAGAGACGACGCGGUGUUCGACGACGAGGUGGCGCUACAUGCGGCCACCGAGAAUGUCUCUGCGGAAAAGAAAGUGAAAUCUCCGCGGGCGGCCCUCGACGGGGGCGUUGCCUCCGCUGCCGGCUCCGAGUCCAAGCCCAGCCCUGGCCCCAAAGGGCAGCUUCGAGGGGAGUCCGACCGGAGCAAACAACCACUCCCGGCUUCGUCCCCCACCAAGAGGAAGGGCAGGAGCCGCGUUCCGGAGGCUGUGCCCAGCCAGCCUGCCAGCGGCCCGCGGUCUCCUGCCAAGGAGUCCCCACCCAAGAGGGCGCCGGCGUCCGACCCCAGCUCGGUAGCCAAGAGCACCGCGGCCGACUGCGGGGAGGAGGCGGCCCGGGUCAUUCCUCGUGAGCUCACGGUCAAGAGCAGCUCCCUGCUGCCAGAGAUCAAGCCCGAGCACAAGAGGGGUCCGUUCCCCAACCACUUCGAUGGCCGAGCAGAGGGAGGCCGAAGCAAAGACCUGGGCAGAUCGUCCGGAGCUUCGGAUGCCGACGGCUUAAAGCCCAGGAACCAUUUCGGUGUGGGCAGGUCGACGGUGACCACUAAAGUGACCCUCCCUGCCAAACCCAAACACGUGGAACUAAACCUGAAAACCCCUAAGAACCCUGACAGUUUAGCAAAUGAACAUAACUCAUUUAGCCAGCCAGUUCAUAAGGGAAACACUGCUACCAAAAUCUCCUUAUUUGAAAACAAACGAGUGAACAGUAGUCCAAGACACACUGACAUUCGAGGCACAAGGAACAUUCCCUCUAAUAAGACAUUUGUUGGGAGAGCAAAGCUGAAUUUAGCCAAAAAAGCCAAGGAAAUGGAGCAACCAGAAAAGAGAAUAAUGCCAAAUAGUCACCAUAAUGGUGUGGUGGUGAAGGAACCCUCUACAGAAACCAAAGUCACUCUCCCUAAAGAAGAGAUUCUCUCAGCAGCCAGAGAAAUGGGAGGGGAGCCUACCGAAGGUCAAGCUCUUGGUCCCCAGCCUAACCAAGAUGACAAAGCAGAUGUGCAAACAGAUGCUGGCUGUUCUUCAGAACCAGUGGUUGCUGCUGUGAUUCCUGUUAAGGACCGUAAGCUCUUAGGAGAGGACAACUGUGAGGCUGCUGAAAGCAAAAGACCUGGACUUGAAAAUAUGAUUGAUACAGCACAAGACACCCCCACCAUUCUUGAUGCCAAAGAUUCACUUCCAAAGCCCCAGGGUACAUUGCCUGACUCACAGCCCCAGGAUGAGUCAUUCAAGAAGCCUUCUCUUCCUCUGCCUGUGGAUGUUCCCAAAGACGAAUGUGCUCAAGCUCCCAUAAGCAAUUUUGCCUGCACUGAUCUAAAAGUGUCAGAAAACCAUAAUGGGUGUAUUUUGCCUGUGUCUCACAGUGAGAAAAUUCCCCUGUCCAAACUUGGAGGAGGAGAAGGAAACCCUCCUUCUUCCCCAAAGCCCAGCCCAGAAGCUGUGGUAAAUGAAUGUCCAUCCAAGGUCCUUGUCCAGGUCAGGUCCUUCGUUCUUCCUGUGGAGAGCCCUCAGGAUGUGAGCUCCCAGAUCAUUUCAGAAAACUCUGAAGUUAAAGAAGUGCAGUUGCCAAGUUGUCACAAUAAUGAACUUGAAGUGGUUUCCGUUGCAAGUUGUGCUCCCCAGCAAGAGGAAGUCCUGGGCACAUCACCCAAACGCACUCAUGGCAAAGAGGAACAUGUGGCAAAAUCUGUCCCACACGUCACACCACCAGAGUGCGAGAAAGCUCUGCCCAUCCAGGCUGAAAGUCAGGGCAGCCAAAAACACCCGGUGGCUGAGUGUAGCCCUGUCAACUCUCCCACCAGCAGAAAUCAUUCAGAAACUCCUCAGAGGCCAGAUCUAAACAUGGUGAAUGGCAAGGACACCCCUACCAGUCUUUUGAAUGUUUCUGCUGGUAGUGAUGAUAGUGUAUUUGAUUCUUCCUCUGAUAUGGAAAAAUUCACAGAAAUUAUAAAAAAUAUGGACAGCACAAUUUGUGUGCCCCAGAAGAAAAAGAAGACCAGGAUGCCAAACUCCCCAGCCCCUCACUUCGCUAUGCCUCCUAUUCAUGAGGACAAUUUAGAAAAGGUGUUUGACCCUAACGUGUUCACCUUCGGUUUGGGGAAAAAGAAGGAAAGCCAGACAGAAAUGUCACCUGCUUUACAUUUGAUGCAGAACCUCGACCCCAAAUCCAAACUGAGGCCCAAACGUGCAUCCACCGAGCAGAAUGUCCUCUUCAAGUCCUUGCACACUAACACUACUAAUGGAAAAAGUGAACCUCAGCCCACUUUAGAAAAAUAUGACAAAGAGAACAGGGACAUUACCAAUGGUGGAGUUAAGAGAUCAAGGUUAGAAAAGAGUGCGCUUUUCUCAAGCAUGUUAUCUUCUUUGCCACAAGACAAAGUCUUCUCUCCCUCUGUGACAUCAGUCAACAGUAUGACCACUUCUUUCAGCACUUCUCAGAACAGUUCUCUGUCUCGGUCUUCAGUGGUACAGCCCCUGAAGGAGGGUGCCCCGCCCUGUGGCUUAGACAAAGAACAGCCAAGUCUUCCACCUCACCACUCCUUAAAGGUCUUCAAUUUCAACUCGGCAAAUGCAUCUCAUUCAGAUCUGAAAAGUCCAAGCCACAUGGAAAAACACCUGCAAAAAGAGGAAAACAAAGAAGACCUGAAUUCACGAAGCAAUCUACACUUGCCAGAAUCGAAAUUUUCAGAAUUUUCCAAACUGAAAAACAAUGAUGGUAUGGAAAAGGCUAAUCAUACUGAAAGUGUUCUUAAAUCCAACUUGCCAAACCAUGGAAACAGUGAUACCGACUUCAUGGGUCUUUUCAAAUCAAGCCGGUACGACCCAGGCAUUUCUUUUUCUGGAAUGCCAUUGUCAGAUACCACGACACUGAGAGGAAGUAGUCAAAAUAAACUCAAUCCCCGACCUGGAAAGGUGGUGAUAUUCAGUGAGCCCUAUGUCUCGGAGAAGUGCAUUGAAGUUUUCAGGGAUAUUCAGGAUUGCAGUUCUUGGAGCCUCUCUCCAGUAGUACUCGUGAAAGUCGUUAGAGGAUGUUGGAUUUUGUAUGAGAAACCAAAUUUUGAAGGACAUUCCAUCCCCUUAGAAGAAGGUGAACUGGAACUUUCUGGUCUCUGGGGUAUAGAAGAUAUUUUGGAAAGAAAUGAGGAGGCAGAGUCUGAUAAACCUGUAGUGAUUGGUUCAAUCCGACAUGUGGUCCAGGAUUACAGAAUUAGUCAAAUUGACUUAUUUACUGAACCAGAGGGGUUAGGACUCCUGAAUUCCUACUUUGAUGACACUGAAGAAAUGCAGGGAUUUGGUGUCAUGCAGAAGACAUGUUCCAUUAAAGUGCAUUGGGGCACAUGGCUGAUUUAUGAAGAACCUGGAUUUCAAGGUGUCCCUUUCGUCUUGGAACCGGGCGAAUACCCUGACUUAUCCUUCUGGGAUACAGAGGAAGCCUACAUUGGAUCCAUGCGGCCUCUGAAAAUGGGUGGUCGUAAAGUUGAAUUCCCAACAGAUCCGAAGGUUAUUAUUUAUGAAAAGCCUUUCUUUGAAGGAAGAUGUUUGGAACUAGAAACAGACCUGUGUAGCAUUGUCACUGAUGAGACAGAAGUGACUGGAGAUGAUCACUUGCCCCUUACAUCAGUGGGGUCCAUGAAAGUUCUAAGAGGCAUUUGGGUUGCCUAUGAGAAGCCUGGAUUUGUGGGUCAUCAGUAUUUGCUAGAAGAAGGAGAAUACAAGGAUUGGAAAGACUGGGGAGGUUAUAAUGGAGAGCUUCAGUCCUUACGACCUAUAUUAGGGGAUUUUUCAAAUGCUCACAUGAUAAUGUACAGUGACAAAAACUUUGGAUCCAAAGGUUCCAGUAUCGAUGUAUUAGGAAUUGUUGCUAAUUUAAAGGAGACUGGAUAUGGAGUGAAGACACAGUCUAUUAAUGUACUGAGUGGAGUAUGGGUAGCCUAUGAAAAUCCUGACUUCACUGGAGAACAGUAUGUUCUGGAUAAAGGCUUUUACACCAGUUUUGAGGACUGGGGAGGCAAAAAUUGUAAGAUCUCUUCUGUCCAACCCAUAAGUUUGGAUUCUUUCACUGGCCCAAGGAGACGAAACCAGAUUCACUUGUUUUCAGAACCACAGUUUCAAGGUCAAAGUCAAAGAUUUGAAGAAACAACAGAUCAAAUUGAUGAUUCGUUUUCUACCAAGUCCUGCCGAGUUUUAGGAGGCAGCUGGGUUGCAUACGAUGGAGAAAAUUUCUCUGGCAAUCAGUAUGUGUUGGAAGAAGGCCACUAUCCUUGUCUCUCUGCAAUGGGAUGCCUGCCUGGAGCAACUUUCAAGUCUCUUCGUUUCAUAGAUGUGGAAUUUUCUGAACCAACAAUUAUUCUUUAUGAAAGAGAAAAUUUCAAAGGAAAAAAGAUUGAACUUAAUGCAGAGACAGUUAAUCUCCAAUCCCUGGGAUUUAACACACAAAUACGCUCUGUUCAGGUUCUUGGUGGCAUGUAAGUGAGUUAUCUA